GGAGAGUUAGGUGUGGAGUUUAGGGCAGACUUGUAGUAACACGACGAGCAGCCGCCAACUGUGCCAGCUUCUUGAACCUCUCUGAACAUGUUAAGAUGGAGGACUGUUCAUAUAUGUGUGGAGAAUGUUUCCAAGUGUAUGACAACAUUGAUGCCUUUAACAAACAUGUGUGCCACAGUGAUAUGGACGCUGUGUGUGGACCACAAGACAAACCUUCAGUUUCUUCACAAAAAGAGUUGUUGCCAGUGAUGAGUCCUCCAGCAGAAGGUGUAGUUGACUCUCCUUCAGGAAAAACUGUCUCGCCUUCACAUAAAGGAGAUAAUAUACUUGUUUUAAACAUAAGGGAGUCUUCAAAUACAGUGGCAGCAGUGAGUGACCGUGAGGAGACACAGGAUGAGGAGGAAGGCAAAGCUCAGAAAACUGUCAGGAAGAGAAAGAAAUAUCGAGCUAUGGACGACACCUAUCGACUCAAUCGUACCAUGCGAGACAAGGACUUCAAGUUAAAUAGAAGUCAUUUUUACUGCUUCAAAGAUACACUCGGUGACUGGGAUGAACGCUCUACUCAGCUACUACUUCGCCUUAUUCACAAGUAUCCCAAGACACAUUUCUUGUUAGUCACAAAGACAGAAAAGCGAAUGGAACACUGGGAGAAUCUACACAAGGAGAUGGAGUCUACAGGCUACACCUUCACUAUUCUUCAGCUGAGAAUGAGAUGGAGAGAAGCCCUGCAGAAGUACCGCUGGACUGUUGACUACAAUCACCGCCACGAGAUCAAGAAGAGGUGUGAAUAUUUUGACCAGAUGAAUGAACUGUUUGGUGAUUGGGACAAGGAUGCUACCCAUUGUCUUCUUAAGCAGAUGCAUCGUGUUAAAAGGGAAAACCAGAAUAAAAAGAUUGUUAGAAUUGGAUACAGCGGCUGGGAGAAAAUAACAGAGAGUCUGAACAGUGAGGGACACAGGUUCACAAUAAAUAUGGUUGAAGGAAGGUGGAGGAACAUGGUAACACUGUACAAAACAACAGUCGACUACAACUUCAUACCAAAUGUUGAGCCGCGCUCCAUAGCUUACAAAAAAGAUAUGGAGGAGCUGGUGAAGUACGUCCCUCAGCGCCGCCACAACUACGAGAAGAGAAAAGGUCGAUCAGUCAAGAUGGAACGAUUUCCAACUAAUGGAUCAAAAGCCCUCCUUCAAGCAUAUAAAGACUGCAUCAGUCGCUUUAUGGAUCCAACUCUUGAUAACAGAAAUCUUUGGGAUGAAAUAACACAGAAGUUGGAUGAUGACGGUUUCCACUUUACAACAUUCAAGUUAAAAGAGAUUCUUAAUGGUAUGAUUAAAGGUUUUGAAAAAUGUCAGUUCCACAAUAGCCUCCCAGGAGCCAUACGCAGAGAUGUUCCCUAUUACCGUGAUCUGGCCGAGAUAUACGACGAGUACGGUCGCUGGCCCCACACACAAAUAUCCAGAACAAUGGAAAUGAGGACCAGCAGAAAAUUCAGACUGAGGCUCCAGGUGAGUCAGCAACUGUGGUCAGCAGAGGAGUCAAGGGCACUACUACAAGUGUAUCCUGAUGUGCUGGAGUCCCACGUCAGUCAAAAUUUGAGCCACCAGACCAGUGAUCUCUGGCUUCAGGUUGCCAAGGCUUAUGCUGCUACAGGAUUCCCAAAGAGAGAUGUUCCCGAG